AGUACUUAGCUUGCUAUUCUUGCCUGCUUCAGUGGUAAAAACAUUUACGUUUUUAUUAACGUUUUUAUUGUCGUGAUUUAGACGCUUGUUAACACCCUGGAAGUCUAAAUAUGACUUAACUGCACUGCAUCACAUACUUGCCCUAGGUCAUCUUUAAUUCGCGUUGGAGACGGGGUUUGGUUGAUUGAUGUUAUCUAGAUAACGCUAGCUGCUAACAAUGGCUAACUGUAUGGUUUUUCACACUCAAAUAGCCUCCAUCAUGGAGGUGCUAGCGAAUGCCGCCGUGGCAGAGAUCUGUAAACUCGUAGACGACGAUUAUGCAGUGUUUCGUUUGGAAAUAACUCAAAGCCAUAAAGAAAACAGGGCAUUGAGAAGGAAACUACUGGAAGUUAAGGUGGCCCGGGAGCGCGCAGAGAGGACAAUGCGAGAGCGCGUCCUCGCCAGUCGUCCCAGUAGUGUCAAGAUCCUCGAUCGAUACAGAGGAAUGGCAAGAGGUGAAGCACAUCUAACUGGAGGCCAAAGGAGCUUUGUGAAGCCAGUGGGACACAAUACAUGGAGAGAUGACCAGUCAAUCACUGUUGAUGAGGGGAGUAGAACCUCAACCCAGCACGUUAUCGUGAUAGAGUCUGAAGAUGCAAAGGCUGCAGGUCCUGGGGUCAAGCUAGAGAGAUCUGAAGGAGAUGAGAACCCACGGCACAGCAGAGAAAUCCAGACUGGGGUAGAUGGCGCGCCCCAUGUAGCCACAGAGGACCCCACCACCACCCCAGGGCAGCCCAGGACCCAAUGUAGUACCAUAGAGGUCAGUGGAACGCCGAACGCCAUCCUCAAGUCAGAGACAGACACCGAGACUUUAACUGUAACACACAGGCUCUUACAUACAGGAUCUGACCACAGAUCAGACCCAGAGAGACUGGGGCUGAGGAGAAUGGGCUGUCCUCCUGCUUCUGGCUCAGAAUAUAUACCGGUAUUUCCCCAUAGCCAAAGGACAGUUCAUUCCCAUGGUGAUAGUGAUGUGUUAGACACUGGCGGUGAUGAUCCGUCUUGUUCUUAUGCUACAGAGAUGGACUCUGGCAACAUGCUCUUGGGUUUAGAGACACAGACUGAUCUGUCUAGAGGGGACUGGAACCAGUACAGUAGUAGUGUAUACUCUGAAGGGUGCCUAGAUAAGAAAGGGGAGGGUCUGGUCGUAGAUGCGGUGACUGUGAAAGUGGAAGGCGACAUUCCUCCAACACUGAAUCCAGAUAGUCACCUAGGAGACGGACACUCACAGGGCAGAUAUUUCUUAGAUUACAGGGGAAGAUUAGAGACAAAUCCAAUUGUCACAACCCACUCCCCUUUACACUCAUUCAGGGAUCGUGAGCCAGUGUCCACCUCAAUGGGGCAUUCCGAUUCAAAUGGCCUCGUCCCUUUCAAUCAGGUAUUGAACUCAAACGACAGGCCUAGAGCCCAGGCUCCGCGAGGGGGAGCAGCAUCAGGCAAUAGUAAAGAGAAACGGUUCCUUUGCAUGUUCUGUAAGAAAGGCUUCAGCUGCUCCCAGAAGGUGGAGAUCCACCAGAGAGUCCACACAGGGGAGAAACCCUACAGCUGCCCCCAGUGUCACAUGCGCUUCACCCAGGCUGGUGACCUGAAGAGGCACCAGAGGGUCCACACAGGCGAGAAACCCUACAGCUGCCCCCAGUGUCACAUGCGCUUCACCCAGGCUGGCAGCCUGAAGAGGCACCUGAAGGUCCACACGGGGGAGAGGCCGUUUGCCUGUACGCAUUGCGGGAAGAGGUUCUCAGAGAGGACCUACCUCAGGAUACACCAUCAGAAAAACCAUCCCACUCUAUAAAAUGUAAACCAUUGUACUUUAAAGCUUAUUACAUUUAGAUCAAACCCUGCAUUAAAGACACAGUUUAAUUUUAAGUGUUGUCUGCAGAGAAGAUCCACAGAUGCAUUUGGAAUAAUGAGGUUAACAUAUUUCAGUGUUGAAUAUUCCUGGGUAGAAUAUUGCAUCCAGACAUUGUGUGAUAUAUAAGCCUAAAAUGUCUGUUACAUAUUGAGUUUGUACUGAAUAGUCUACACGAUGUUAGGAAAUGCCCGAUUUCAUUUUUAAUAGUGUACUUAAAAUGUGUUUAUGUUCAAAAGAAUGAAAAGUCCCAUUUUGGUGAUUCUUUAGUAAUCAGUACCAGUCAAAAGUUUGGAAACACCUACUCAUUCAAGGGUUUCUUUAUUUUACUAUUUUCUACAUUGUUUAAUCAUUGUGAAGACAUCAAAACUAUACAAUAAUACAUAUCUAGUACCCCAAAAAAGUGUUAAACAAAUGAAAAUACUUGGUGAUUCUUCAAAGUAAUCACCCUUUGCCUUGAUGACAGCUUUGCACACUCAUGGCAUUUUCUCAACCUGCUUCAUGAAGAAUGCUUUUC